AUGUUCUGCAUUGUCCGUGACUUUCAGAGCACAUGCAAGAACAUCGACCGGUGUCAGAUCGCCAAAGAUGAGCUGAAAAGGGGAAAUGUGCCUUCGAUAUGCGGGUUCGAAGCACGUGUUCCUAUCGUGUGUUGCCCCUCAGUGCAGCCAAUCUCAACAGAGCCCACGCGUUCCCCGCCAACUGCGCCAGUCACGCCAACACAAGAGAACACUUCAGGCGGCAAGAGUAAACAGAAAUGCAAGGAGUACUCCAGUUUCGUUUAUACGAAAGACGGGGUGACGGUCCUAGUUCCUGGUUACGAAUCCAAGAAAGUUUCGCAGUGUGUAGCAGGCAAAACGCUAAUCAUUGGAGGUGUUGAGGCCGAACCCAAGGAAUUUCCUCACAUGGCUGCGAUUGGCUACGGAGCAAAGAACCAGGUCUCGUGGGCUUGUGGUGGAACUCUCAUCAGCGAGAGAUUCAUUCUCACUGCGGCGCACUGCGUCUCGUCAGCAGAUUGGGGUUUGGCCAAGUGGGUUCGUCUGGGCGAUUUAAAUCUCAGGUCAACCGAUGACAAAACACGGACUCAGGAUUUUUCAAUAGCCCAAAUAUUCCGACACCCAGGAUACGCCAAACCGGCGCAUUACAACGACAUUGGCCUGUUGAAGCUAGACCGGGACGUCAAAUUCGACGGAUAUGUGCGUCCAGCGUGUCUUCACGUGGAGCAAGACAUCCCCACAAAGAUGCCAGAGGCUAUCGGCUGGGGGCUUACGGACUGGAUUGGUUCGAAAGGCAGUGACGUUCUGCUGAAAGUCGGUCUCAACUUCGUCAAUCCAGAGAUCUGCAACGACACCUUCGGCCCCUUGAUCGGCGGCAGGGAGCUCCGUGUCGGAAUUACCGCCGACUCGAUGCUGUGCGUGGGCGACCUCAACGGCGGCAAAGACACGUGCAAGGGUGACUCUGGCGGUCCCCUUCACAUCCGGCUGUCCGAACCGUACUGCAUGUUUGACGUGAUGGGAAUCACGUCCUUCGGAACCAUCUGUGGGUCCAAGAACGCUCCGGCCGUCUACACCCGGGUGUCACACUACGUUCCCUGGAUCGAGAGCAUCGUGUGGAGUUAGUCCUCAGUUUCACUUCGACCGAUACAAUGACAGAAUCAUCAUCAGCUGGUGACCCGUUCCAGCGUCAUUCGUCCCAAAGUAUCUUCAGCGAAUGUCCACGGUUUCUGAAUGCGCGUUCUUUGUUAUAUUUGAAUGGUUUGGGAAUUAUGUCAACAUGUUGACUUCAACUGUUCGUAUGUUUCACAACGUUGUCUAAUAUGUAUUUUAUUUCUUGUUCUUUAAUGUCUUCGUAUAAUUUAACGGCAUGAAGUGUGUUUUAUUCGGUGUCAUGGUAAAAUUAAUAUUACUUUGUAUGAAAUUUCUGGAACCGUGAUAUAAUAUUUUAAUAUAAAAUAUAAUAAUUUUUUCGAG